CGCCUCGCGGGCCACGCCCCCUGCCCCUCCGGGUGCUCCCGCGCCGCGGAGGGGUGGAGUCUCCCUCGUGACCUUUCACCCCAGCAUGGCUGCGCCCGUGGGACCGGUGAGGUUCUGGCGACCCGGGACAGAGGGACCAGGUGUCAGCAUCUCUGAAGAGAGACAGAGUCUAGCUGAAAACUCUGCGACAACUGUUGUUUACAAUCCCUAUGCUGCCCUUUCUAUAGAGCAGCAGAGGCAGAAGCUGCCUGUGUUCAAGCUUAGGAAUCAUAUAUUGUACUUGGUAGAAAACUAUCAGACAGUGGUGAUUGUUGGAGAGACGGGAUGUGGGAAAAGCACGCAGAUCCCACAAUAUCUUGCAGAAGCUGGCUGGACUGCAGAGGGAAGAGUGGUGGGAGUGACCCAGCCUCGAAGAGUGGCUGCUGUUACAGUUGCAGGGAGAGUAGCUGAGGAAAGGGGUGCAGUGCUGGGUCACGAGGUGGGCUACUGCAUCCGCUUUGAUGACUGCACCGAUCCACUGGCCACGAGAAUCAAGUUCCUUACUGAUGGAAUGUUGGUCAGGGAAAUGAUGGUUGAUCCAUUGUUAACAAAAUAUAGUGCCAUCAUGCUGGAUGAAGCCCAUGAGAGGACCUUAUACACAGACAUUGCCAUUGGCUUGCUGAAAAAGAUUCAGAGAAAGCGAGGGGAUCUUCGACUGCUUGUGGCUUCAGCCACUCUGGAUGCAGAGAAAUUCCGGGAUUUCUUUAAUCAGAAUGAAACCAGUGACCCAACAAGGGAUACAUGUGUGAUCCUUACAGUAGAAGGGCGAACAUUUCCAGUGGAUAUCUUUUAUCUACAAAGUCCUGUUCCAGAUUAUAUCAAAUCAACUGUAGAAACUGUGAUGAAAAUUCACCAGACAGAGGGAGAUGGAGACAUCCUAGCAUUUCUGACUGGCCAGGAAGAGGUGGAAACUGUUGUGUCUAUGCUGAUCGAGCAGGCUCGGGCGCUAGGUCGAACUGGGAUGAAGAGACACCUCCGAGUUCUCCCCAUGUACGCAGGACUGCCUUCCUUUGAGCAAAUGAAAGUGUUUGAAAGGGUGUCCCGCAGUGUCAGAAAGGUGAUAGUGGCCACCAAUGUGGCCGAAACCUCCAUUACAAUCAGCGGGAUUGUGUAUGUGAUCGACUGUGGCUUUGUGAAGCUCCGUGCCUAUAAUCCCAGGACAACCAUUGAGUGCUUGGUGGUGGCCCCAGUGUCCCAGGCGUCAGCCAACCAGCGCGCAGGGCGUGCUGGCCGCAGCCGCUCAGGAAAAUGUUACCGCCUUUAUACAGAGGAAGCCUUUGACAAGCUGCCUCAAUGCACUGUCCCUGAGAUGCAGCGUAGCAAUUUGGCACCUGUCAUCCUACAGCUGAAAGCACUAGGGAUCGACAAUGUCCUCAGGUUCCACUUCAUGUCGCCCCCUCCGGCCCAGUCGAUGGUUCAAGCGUUGGAGUUACUCUAUGCUCUGGGAGGUCUAGACAAAGACUGUCGCUUAACUGAACCACUUGGCAUGAGAGUUGCGGAGUUUCCUUUGAAUCCCAUGUUUGCAAAAAUGCUGCUCGAAUCAGGAAAUUUUGGCUGUUCUCAGGAAAUUCUAAGCAUUGCAGCCAUGAUGCAAAUCCAGAAUAUCUUUGUGGUCCCCGGAAAUCAGAAGUCUCAGGCGAUUCGAGUACACCGCAAAUUUGCUGUGGAGGAGGGUGAUCAUCUCACUAUGCUCAAUGUGUAUGAAGCAUUUAUCAAACACAAUAAAAACUCCCAAUGGUGUCAAGAACAUUUCCUGAAUUACAAGGGUCUCAUCAGAGCUGCAACAGUGCGAGAGCAGUUGAAGAAGCUUCUUGUCAAAUUCCAAGUGCCCAAGAAAUCAAGUGAAGGUGAUCCAGAUCCAGUCCUGAGGUGCAUUGUUUCAGGAUUCUUUGCAAAUGCAGCACGGUUUCAUUCUACUGGAGCUUAUAGGACUAUCCGUGACGAUCAUGAAUUACAUAUCCACCCUGCCUCGGUCCUCUACGCAGAGAAGCCGCCUCGCUGGGUUAUCUACAAUGAAGUUAUACAGACCUCCAAGUAUUACAUGAGAGAUGUGACUGCUAUCGAAUCCGCUUGGCUGUUGGAGCUGGCUCCACACUUCUAUCAACAAGGAACGCACCUGUCCCUCAAAGCCAAAAGGGCCAAGGUCCAGGACCAGUGAGCAGAGCUCGGCCACCACCGCAGGGGGCUUGGCGCCCUCUCCUCCAUGCUGCGGGUCCCCGGCCCUGGGUGGUGAGCUGGCCUCGGCUCACGUGGAAUCUUUGUGGCUCUGAAGUGGGCCAUAGCCCGUUCAUCAGCCCCUUCCUUCCUGCUCCCCUUGGCAUCUGCAUUCCUUGCUGGGAUCCCGGGGGAGUUUGUGCAUGGGCAGGCAUCCUGCUGCGCUGCACCCAGGCGGAGCGGCUCACUCAGCACCCCCGCUGACCCAGCAUGCCACUUCCAGCAGGCACACGGUUCUGGCCCAGCUUCAUGGGGCACGUGGAGGAUAGCCAGCCACUGCAGGCUGAAGCGCUGUGCAGGCUGGACGGGGCGGGGGGUGCCGGGCAGGCUCUGCUUUCCCUGGCGAGGCCACAGCUGCACUGACCAGUAAAGUCUGCUGCCGGCUGUGAACAGGCGCGUGUCUGAGGACGGAUGAGACCAGGCUGCGGUUUCUGCCAGAAUCACUGAGGGGCAUGUGUGGCGGGCACAGGGGCUCCCAAACCAAGCAGCUUCUGUUUUCCCUCUGCACCGUGACCUUGUGUGUCUGUGGCAGGAGACUUUGCAAGGCUUGGUGACCGACAGGACUCGUGUGCACUGCUCUUUGUUAGCAAAGGGUUUCUGUCUCUUGCAGCGGGGCUUGGCUUUCUCUUCACAUUGACACCACAUCCUGAUGCCAUGAGCUGAGCACUAGUGAGUUCGCCAGCUCACACCCUGGCCAGAACCCUCUGUCACAGGAAUUCACAACAGUUAGAGGCUCUAAGCUUCUGUAGCUCAGGAACAUAACUUGUAUAUUUGUUUUUUUGUUUCUUUGUGUGGGUUCGGUGAGAACCUGGGGCGGCCCUCCCAGCAGGCUCUGGUUCUACUGUCGCCCCAGGGUGGCUUUGCUGGGAUGAUGUUUGCGUUUCAACACAGGACCGAUGCAGGUUUUCCUCUUACUGUUUCAAUGACUUUUAUUUUAAAAACACGUAGCUUGAAAUUUUAUUUUUGUACUGAUCUUAGUUUGGAUGUGCCACUUUGGCACCAAACAUGUAUGUCAUUUUUAUUUCCAUUUUGUAAACAUGUAAAUAAUAGUGAUAACUUGUUAAUAAUAGUAAACCUUUGUACCUCAAGUAAAUGUGUUCCCUCCCUA